UCCUGGAUGUUACUGAAGGCGUACGGCAAGGGUGAGUUCUUGCACAACCGUUGCAAAACUUACAGAACGUAAACGUGAUUAUUUCUUGUCAUAGAUAAUGUUCCCACAAAGGCCAAACGGAUGCGUCAGACGUUCGAGUAUCGCGCAAACCGGAUCCAGAUGCUGCUACAGCAAGUUAUGACGCAAGCUAGUCGCGAGUACUGGCGCUGUGAUCCUGAGCGGAACCAGCACAAGGAGGGGAAAACCUUCGUGCAGAUCACCCGGCUGCUGCAGGGCUACGUGGAGCUCGAGCUGAACAUGAACACGGACUAUACGUGCAUGGAAGAAUGCUCUUUUUACAGCUGGGGUGUCCAACAGGAAGGGUGCUACAAGGAUCAGUAUUGCACGAUGCAACCCAAGUGUUCGGGCAAGAUCUACGACUGUGAGUUUAUCGAUUCGGACAUGUGGAUCUGCCCGGCGGCGAAGACGAGCCAUCGUCGGUAUCAGUUCAUUGAGUACGUCAACGGAAAGGUGCUUGGGCAGAAGAAAUAUUGUGCCCAAGGCAGGACUAAGGUGAUGUCGUGGACUCGCUGGUUUUUCUAUCGCUGCAGCUACUGCUUCUGUCUGUGCGACGACGCCGGCAAGAACUCCGAUCGGUACAUCAACAUGCGUGAGUCCGUGUCGGAAGUUAUGGAUAACAAGGUCGUCACCGGCAUGCGCUUUUUAAAGAAAAACCAGAUCGUUCACUUGAUCGUUCAGCAGGGUCGUCUACUGCCACGAGGGCACAUCGACAACGGCACGUUGGAGUGGGUAGAACCACACAACUACAACUUGCUUUCGACGAAUGUUCGUAUCGGUCGUGAUUACCACACGCUGAACCGCAACAACCGCAGCUUGGAUCUGGACGAUCUGAACGUGCCUCAAGGGUACGUCGUGACCGGGGUUCGCUUCCGACUGUUGGGCAACCAUCUCAACCUGGAGAUUCGGAAGACCCAGAUGAACUUCGCUACGGGUCAGUUGGUAGAUCCGGACGAGAGUACUUGGAUCGGUAAUGACAAUACAGCGCGCAGCGUUAAUAAAAGAACCGAACUCAAGCUGGAUCGACCGAAUGUCCCGCUUCUAUCGAUCGUCAAGUCGAUCCCAGAUUCCGCCAGUAACCAGUUUAUUCAAUUCCGUGCCAGUGAUCGCGACAUGGACGCCGCUCAGACCACGGUUCCGUUCUUCGAUGCCCAGCCGGUGGCUCCAGUGAGGCCCGUUCCCCUGUCCGGUGCUGGUCUGUUUCACAAGGGUCGACCGAAGUUUGGUGGCUAUGUCGCACCCAAGGUUAUGACUUACGACUUUCUCCCUCAUAUUGUGGACCCGUAGAAGAUUAAGAGACUUUAUAGAUUAGAAAGUAUGUAAAUAUUGCAUGUUUUACUUGAUAAAAUGCGACUUCCUGGAGUUUAAGUAGAUUUUAAAUUUUGUGAUU